AUGGACUUCCCGGCGCUCGUGGCCGCUCUCCUCAGCAGCGACACCGCCACGCGCACGCGCGCCGAAGCGUCCUACGAAGCGCUCAAAGCCGACCAGCCGCAGCUACUCGUGGUCCACCUCGUGCAGCUCCUGCGCGCUGCAGCUGCGCCAGAAACGCGCGCUUUUGCGUCGGUGCUACUGCGGCCACUGCUCGAAGUCAAGACCGGCGUCUACGCGCAGCUCGACGCGCCGACGCGGACGCUGCUCAAGACGCAGCUGCUGAAGACCGUAGCGACCGAACCCGUGGCGCACAUUCGCCGCAAACUCGGCCAUUUGAUCGCGGAGCUCGCCGCGGUGGCGGACAAGUACGAGCACACGUGGCCAGAGCUGCUGCCCGCUGUGUCCGUGCUGACGACCAAUGGAGACGCCCAGCUGCGGGUCACGGCCAUGGACGUGCUGGCCAAGCUGGCUGAGUACGUGGGGGACCUCCUCGCGCCACACCGAACGAGCUUCCGCACGCUGUUUGCCACGACGCUGAAUGAUAGUAACGGAGACGUGCAGAUUGCUAGUGUCAAGGCCGCGUCUGCGUUCUUGCUCACGCUCGACGAUACGCAGGAGUUGAUGGCGUUUGCGGGUCUCGUGCCUCACAUGCUGCGCAUUAUGGAAGCGCUGGUGCAAGCAGGCGAUCAAGUGGCACUCCGUGAAGUGCUGUCGGUGCUCGUGCAGCUUACUGAAGUGCACCCCAAGUUCUUCCGUGACGCUCUGAACGACGUGGCCCGUGCAAUGAUCGUCGUGUGCUCGUCGCAGGAGCUCGAAUCCGAGACGCGUGAACUUGCGCUCGAGUUCCUCAUCUCGUUGUGUGAGAACGCUGGCGGGAUGGUGCGCAAGUCGCAGUUCAUUGUCACGAACGUCGUGCCACUGGUCAUUCAGUUGAUGUGCGAAGUCGACGAAGACGAAACGUGGGCGCAGAGCUUCGACGAUCCAGAGACGUUUGCUGAAGCCCACGACGACGACAAUGCGAUCAGCGAUGCGGGUGCUGCUGCUAUUGACCGUCUGAGUACAGCUCUAGGGGGCAACGCUGUGCUUCCUGUGGCGAUCCCGGUCAUCAAAGCUUUUGUGGGCGAUGCCGACUGGCGAAAACGCCGUGCCGGUCUGUACGCGAUCUGUCUCCUAGGAGAAGGUGCCAAGACGCUCAUGACGCGUGAACUUGACAAUGUGGUGGCAAUGGUGUUGCCGUAUCUGAACGACCAGCACGCGCGAGUGCAAUAUGCUGCACUGCACAGCAUUGGACAGCUUGCUGAAGACUUUGGCGAAGUGGAGAAGGGCAAGAACUUCCAGGCUAGAUUCCACGCUGUGAUCAUGCCGGCGUUGACAGCGCUGGUUCAAGGCGAGCAACUUGUGCUGCGCACGCGUGCGCUGGCGGCUAGCGUGAUUAUCAACUUUUGCAACACGAACGUGUGCAAGACCAAGUACGUGGUGCCUUACAGCCAGGCUCUGCUGGAAGCUCUCUUCAAUAUGAUGCGCUCGUGCCCGCGGCAAGUGCAGGAACAGGCUAUCACGGCCGUUGCAAGUGUUGCAAAAGUGAUUGGGGACGAGUUCCUCCGUUUCUACGACAUUUUCAUUCCGCUUGCCAAGGAAGUGCUGACGAAUGCUCACGGCAAAAAGUACGCUCUCCUCCGUGGCAAGUCGAUGGAGUCGAUUGCGCUCAUCGGUCAGGCGGUGGGCAAAGAGCGCUUCGUGAACGACGCCAAGGAGAUCAUGGAAAUCCUAGUGCGUGUGCAGUCGAGCGAGGAACUGGAAGGUCCAGAAGUGCAGUACGUGGCGCAGUCGUGUGCGCGUAUCGGCAGUAUCUUGAAAGAAGACUUUGUCCCGUACUUGCCGUACGUGAUCCCGCCGCUCAUUCGGCAGGCACAGACCCAGCCGGACAUUCAAUUGUUUGACGUCGCGGAUGACCAUGAAGAUGAGGACGGCGUGACUGUCGAUGGCAAAGACACUAUGACGCUCGAUAUCCGUGGCGUGGGCAAGAAGCGUCUGGAGAUCAACACGAGUGCUCUGGAGGAAAAGACCAAUGCCUGCAACAUGCUGUACCAGUCAGCACUUGACCUCGAAGGACUGUUCUACCCCUACGUGGCCGAAGUCGCGCAGGUGAUGAUCCCGCUGCUUGAUUUUGAGUACGUUGCGGACAUCCGCAUCGUGAGCAGCUUGACCAUGGCCAAGCUGCUAAAGUGCGCGGUCAACGGCACGCUCCAUUUCGGCCACGGUGCCAUGGCCCCGACGUUCCCGCAGCAGCUUUUCGAGCAGUUUUUCGAUCCCAUGUUAAACAGUUUGCAGACCGAAGACGAGCUCGAGUGCUUGAGCGCUUUUGCAGAGGCCAUGUCUGCGGUUUUCGAAGCGUGCAAGGAAAGUCAAGACAUGGGGUUCCAGGUUGGCGUUCCUCUCGAUCAUGUCUCGCGCGUGGUCGAAGUCCUGAAGACCGUAGCGUCCAACAGUGCCCAGCGCCUGAUGGUGCAGCACGAGGCAAACCAACAAGAUGAAGACUACGACGCGGAAGCUGCUCUGCAACAGAGCGAGAACGACGAGCUGGAAGAAGGUGUCUUCCGCUCGAUGGUCGACUCAAUUGGCUGGAUGGUCAAGCUCCACAAGGACGCCUUUUUUCCCGUGUUCAAGACUCACCUUUUGUCGUUCGUGACGCCGCUGCUGGAGCAGCAGACUGUGCCGAUGGUGCGUGGCCAAGCUAUCUGCAUGAUCGACGACAUCAUUGAGCACUGCGGCGAUUCCGCGCAGGAGCUGCUUCCGCUGUUUCUGAACCACCUCGUUCAGGGCCUCGAGGACCCGAGUCCGUCUGUUGUUCAGGCAGCUGCGUACGGCAUUGGUGUCAGUGCCGAGAAGUGCGGCGCUGCGUUUGAUCCGUUCUGCCAAAACGCGCUCGAGAAGAUGGUGCACUUGAUCAAUGCCUCGACGGACACAGACGACGACGAAGUGCGUGCAGCGCGUGACAAUGCGAUCAGUGCCGUGGCCAAAAUCUGUCUGGCUCGUGAAGGGGCAGUGGAUGCAGCCAAUAUGUGGCCGACGUGGCUCAGCUGGCUCCCUCUUCGGACCGAUGUGCUCGAAGCUCAGGACGUACAUGCUCGUCUCGUGUCCUUGGUGAACAGCGGCAAUCGCCACGUGCUUGGCGCUGACUAUGCUAAUCUCGCUCAGAUUCUAAAGGUGUUUGCCUCAGCUUUGGCGUUUGACCUGAUGGCGGCCGAAGAUGCUGCAGACGACGAAGAAGUGGUCACGAUAUCGGAAACGACAAAGGCACAGCUUCGUGAGCUGCUCGCAAAGUUGCAGUCUCAGUUGCCUGGUCCCGUGGUGCAGAACGCCUGGGCAAAGCUCAGUGGUGACGAGCAGUUGGCGCUGUCUCAGCUGUGA